AUGGGGGUCACCGCUCAUUAUAUUGAUAAGAACUGGAAGCUAUGGAAUCUUGUUGUUGCUGCGGUGGAGAUUGAAGGAGACCACAGUGACAAUGCUUCGACGAGCGGCACAAUUGCAAUGUGUUCGGAGCAACGACGUAUUAUUCCUGGAUUUACCAGGAGUGACAAUAUGCUUGGCUGUAUGGCGCAUGUUAUCAAUCUGAUAGCAAAUGCUGGUAUUAAGCUACUUGGAGCUUUUGAUCAGCAACCCAAUCAGAACAUUGUUGAGAUCAUCAACCCAAUGUCCGUCGAUGCGCUACUUCUGGAUCGAGAUAUUGAAAUCGAAAAAGCGGGUACGAUUGUUCGUAGAGUUCGUGACUUCACGAAAUAUAUCAACGGCUCGCCACAGCGACUGCAAAACUUUAGAAAACUUGCGGAUGUAGUCGCAGCAGAUGUUACUGCGAAGAAGCUGGUACAAGAUGUGUCAACGCGGUGGAAUUCGACUUGGGCAAUGUUGAAUCGUGCAGUUUUACUUCGCAAGGUCAUUGGAGCCUACAUAGACAGCGGCUCCGAGCUUCGGAAGUAUGCGCUUGAAGAACAUGAAUGGGCUCUUGUGCACGAAGUUAUUAAGCUGCUUGAACCGUUAGAAGAGGCUACGGUGUUGUUGUCAUCUGCAAAGUAUCCCUCUAUUAUGGCAGCUGCAACAGUAUAA